AUGCCUCAUGGUUACGACAGGCCGCGCAACGUGAAACGGAACAGCCAGGUCUUUACGGACGAGGAGGAGGAUGGGGAGGGUCUUGACAACGAGGAGGAUACCACGGCACGCCUGUCCGGUAGAAGGCGGCAGUCGAAAACCGCUCAAGAAGAUAACUCUUCCGCCCUGGACCGCGUCAGAAGCCUUACGCAGCGCAAUCGAAUGGUCCUCGACAAGCUCUCUUCCAUAUCUCGCCUGAACUCCCCAGCACCGACCAGUUCCCCGGCACCCUCGAACAAUCCCCGCACGCCCGUCUCUCCGCCCUAUACAAAUGAGUCCUUGUCGCGCGCCUCAGCCAGACCUCAAUCAGCAUCGAACCCUCUCCCGACGCCAGCCCGCCGCAUCGAAACUUCCCACUCGGGUUCAGAAACAGAGCGUGAAAGCCAGUAUAACCUCAGCCACUCUUACUCCUCAGAUGAAUUCGCCGCAACACCGCCAUCGCGCCCUGAAGUCCGCGCGCCUUUUCCCGUCCGGGAGAGGCGAAUUUCAGCUCCUGCAUCUCCUGCGAAGGGCCGUACGCAGCGCGACAGAGAUAGAGCUCCGUCACCUGGCCCAUCCCGAGCCCCGCGGAAGAGGAUGUCGAUGGCGAUGUCUGUGGACGAGAGCCAGCGCCAUGCACAGGGUGACGACGAGGAUGUCUUGACCUCCGCCUUAGCAGCUGUCGCUUCAUCACGCCGCAGCCCCGGAAGUGGGGGGAAGAAGAGCCGACAGCCAUUACCACGAGAGUUCAGGGACCGGAGGAGCCCAGACGAGAAGCCUCAGGGAGAGCCGUCUACCCCACAUCGCAAUCGCAAUGGCCAUGACAGGGCAUCGCCUUCUUCACCGCGAGCAUUCAGAACAGGUCUCCCACCCAACACACAGGUCUCACCUCGUCGCCAAGGACAGGCUCGGUACUCGACAGUGCGUGAGCUCACGAGGAAGCAUCAGACGCGGUGGCUAUCGGAGGAUCUGUCUGCCUCUGUGGAAGACGAGGAGCCAUCACAUCAUGCUAACGGUAGCGUCGAGUCCUUUGGGCGCCGACAGGGUCACAGAGGCGGAAGCUCGGACACAGUGCUUGCUGGGAAUGGUGGAAGGAGCUUGGUAGGUGAAGGGCUGCGCGCGGCGGGAUUGACCAAGCGGCGGGACCCUGGAGACGAUCUAUUCGGUGGCGGGCCGACUGCACCGGAAUCUCCUCGACGCACGAAACGUGAUGAGCGCAUGACUCGUUCAGGAGGAAUGCUGGCUCGUCCCGGGACGUCCAUGGCAGCCUUGCACCACGACACUGCCGAGAUGCUGCCACCGAGGACGGCCCCUCCUGGAUUGCGUGCGUACAAGUCGACGUUUGCGCUGGCUAACCGGGAGCCGGUCACGUCUCCUCAAACCCAACAGGAGUUCUCCGAUCACCACACCAAUACGAUCCCGGAGCUGUUCCAGAAUGCACAGCACCUCGUUCACUCAUUGGACAAGCUCAAUGGGAUGCUGAAGUCUGGGACGAACCGGGCGCUCGAGGCUCAGAUCGACGCAGAGGUCGCCGACGUAUCGACGAGUGUCAACCUGCCUGAGCUCUGGAGAGACGUUGGAGCGGAGCAUCGGGAGAACCUCAGGGUGAGCGACGAGGUCGUGCGGAACAUGACUGGCUUCCUGCUCGGCGUCGGCAAGGUGCUCCGCGAGGGGACCGCGGGCAAGGAUCCACAGCAGCACCUUCGCACGGUCAGUCUCGACGAGAGCGUGAGUAACCGCCUCGCACCAGAUCCCAGCAUUACUGCAAGCGGCGGACGCAGCUCUGAUGGAAGGAAGAGCCGUGAGACCCGACGUAGCUGGGACCCACGAGACGUUCGGGAAUCGUCGCUGGCCAGAUUGUCUAGUCUGGAGAGAAGCCACGUGCGUCCCGCUUCUGCUCUCCUUCGAGGCUCUGCGACCUCGAGCAGCGAGGGGCGCAGCGUCACGGAUGCUGUCGAUGGGACACCGCAGACCGUCAAGGCCAGCACGAUGCAUAUGGCGCCUUCAUCCUCCAUGCGCCGGUUGUACUUGCCACGAGAACAGCGUGCAACUCCGGAGGUUUUAGCGCCCAUUCAGACGAACGUGAACUUCUCGCGUCAAGACUCCCCCGACAAGUACGAACCCUCGCCCACACCGACCUCGCGGACGUCCCAUUCGGCGCUGUCAGAGCGCCCACGCAACUUCGCGCCCGUCUCCGUACCUCCAUCCCUCUCGACAUUGCCAUCCGAAUCGCUCAUCACUCGCACCGUGAGCACCUCCUCGUCGGAGAACAGCGCCUCUCGAAGGAAGGUGUCUAGCUCCUCGAACCUCACCGUGCGCGCCGAACCAUCCGCCUUCAACUCUAUCCUCAACCGUCUGGAGCGACGACCUCGCUCACCACCGCGACCUGGAAACGUCGCCACCCUCUCCCGUGCAUCUCUAGCCUCUGCGCGCUUGCGCUCGUCCUCGAACGCCUCCAGUGCCGUGGACGAGGAGCCGCCUGUGCGGCUCGAGGCGGCGCCAGUCCUCUCGCCGAUGUCGGGCAACGAGACGGAGCGGCCGGAGAACUGGCGCAGAACGAUCGCGGCGCGCCCCAGGGCCAGCCUGGAGAGCGCGUGGGAGCGGGAGCGGGACGAGCGGAACGCGAACAGAAACGCGACGGUUUCGGGGAGGAAGGAGAGGCGGAGGACGAUCACGGAGAUUUUCCAACGGUAG